UUAAUUUUUUCAAAGUAUUUCUUCAGAAAUAAAAAAUGCCGCAUAAAAAGAUGUCUACCCCGAAGCGCGGGAAGAAGACGACUAAGAAGGAACCUAAAGUUGAAAUACAGGAGGAAAAAGUAGAAGUGGAGGAAGAGGAAGAGACCAUGGCUAAGAUUGAGCAAUAUAUGGAAGAAACUAACGGUUUGACGAGUGUUAUGAGAAAAGAAGUAAUCAACGGAGUAAAUUGCUAUUACCGGAGUUGUCCGUACUGUUCUGCUGAUGAUGUGAAGGACCUUGUCUCCCAUAUUAAAGUGAACCACAAGGGGAAACCCUGGGUUGGAAUAAGAACCCCCUGUCCAAUAGAUGGGUGUGGGAAAACAGUUGUAGACAUUCAGAACCAUAUGAGGAAUGUUCACAACAAGAUUAAGAACUUCUCCUGUAACCAAUGCUCUCAACUCUUUAUAAGCCAAGCUAGGCUUCAGGCUCAUAUAAACGGAGUUCACAUGAAACUUAGGAAGGAUUGCCCACACUGCGGUUCUUCAGUCAAGGCUCCGUAUCUGGAACAGCAUAUUCGGAAGAUGCAUGGAAAAGUAAAACCUAGAAUAGAUUGCUCGGCCGGAUGUGGGAAGUCCUACACCUGCAAGGCGGACAUGGACCGGCAUUACCUACGUAAACAUCUGAACUACAAAGUGAAGUGCGAGUUCUGUGAUAAACAAUUAGCUCCGGAUGAGAUGGGAAGACACGUCAGGAAGGAUCAUCAUGGCAUAUUUUCACACUACUGUAAAUUCUGUCAAGCAGGGUUUAAUUACGACCGGUCUCUUAGUUUCCAUAUUAAUUCUGUGCACACUGGUCUCCAGUUCUCAUGCAAGAUGUUGACGGAGACCAAAACUGGACCUUGUGGGAAAACGUUUAGAACUGAGUAUGGAGUUAUUGAGCACAUAAAGAAGCAUUUUGAAAAGGACCACAAAGUGGAGUGUGGGAUAUGUAAAUCUUCAGUCUACUCCUGUUAUCUUUCAGAACACUCAUUAGAGCACUCCAAAGAAAAGAUCUCUUGUGACCUGGAAGGCUGUUGUGAAAUGCUUUCUCGGCGUGAAGAAAUGUUUAAACAUUUCCACGAGGCUCACUCAGUUCUCAUGGAAAACCUGGAGUGGUGUCAACAAUGUAAUAAACCUGUCUUUCAACUCUCAGUCCACGUAAAGAGUUUCCAUGAAGAGUGUGAGUGGAGUGACCGUGAGCUGUUACCUGUCUAUGGAGUUAGCUUAGGACAGAUGUGUGAGGAGGAAGGAUGUAAACUCUUCUUUCAAAGCAAAAACGCACUAAAUAGGCAUAGAAGUAAGUUUCACAACAAGCCUACCCGUGUUAAAUGUGAAAUCUGUGGUAAACUAAUCCGUAAUGUAGAACAACAUCAUCGAGACUACCACGCAGCAGAGAAGGUUCAUACUUGUGAUGUUUGUGGAAAAGGAUUUCACGCUCUAGAUAAAUUGAGAAUACACAAGAGAGUUCACACCAAAUCGAAGGAGAUGUGUGACAUCUGCUCCGAGGAGUAUACCAACCUCAAGCAGCACGUGGAGAGCGUCCACCAGAUGAUCAAGAAGUACGCGUGCGAGGUGAAAGGAUGCACAACAAAGUUUAACAGCAGCUACGCGCUAAUAAAGCACCAACUUCACGUCCACGAAGGAUUACGCUACAAAUGCGAGCUCUGCAACAAAGAGGUUGCAAGCCUCAAAAGCCACAUCAAACUUGUUCACGAGAAAGUGCGCGCACAUACUUGUCCUGAAUGCAAGAAAGGGUUCCAGACAACAGCACAUUUGAAGAAUCACAUUUCACGGGUCCAUCUGAAGGUUCGGGAUAAGUGUCCGGACUGUGGGAAAGAAGUUCAAGAUUUACGGAACCAUCAAUACUAUGUUCAUCUUAAACAGAGAAACUAUCCCUGUGAUCAGUGUGAUACACGUUGUUUCACAAGCAGUGGAUUAAGACUACACAUUCAAAGUGUUCACCUGGGCGAAAAGCACAAGUGCCCUGAUUGCGGGGGGAAGUUUGUGAGAGGUUUUAUGAACGGACAUCGGAAAAACUGCUUUGCUUCCUCAUCGUAUGCUAAAUCUCAGUGUACUAUUUGCUUAAAAAGAUUUGUGACUGAGUCAAAGCUGACAAGACACGUCGAGAUAUAUCAUCAGGGGAUGAUGAAAUUGAAAGAUGAGGUCUAAGAGAUAUCGAUGAAAGGAGAUACGAAAUAAAUAAUUACUUAAUUAAGUUAAAUAAAAUACCUCAAGGAAAAAAACUGU